GAACGGCCCAUGGAUGCUAUGGAGAUGGAGCUGGAACGGCUCAUAGAUGAGGAGCUGGACUUGGAGAAAAAAGUUCUGGAGCAACGCCAAAAGGAGAAGCAGCUGGCUUCCAUGGACGACAUGUCUACGGAAGUGGGCGGAACGACGCUGCCGGAGCCAGAGGUCUCCCCGAAAACGGAGAGCGAGGUGGAGGCUCAGAAGUCUGAGCUGCUUCGCUUGCAGAAGGAAAGCGAGCGACUGGAACGCCUCGUGCAGGAGAAGAAGACAGAACUUCUUUUGCAAGACUACGAGCAGAGGGCUCGUGCAGAGCUCGAGCAGAAGACUCGUGCUGAAGCAGAGAGGGCUCGUCUGCAGGAGGAAGCACAGGCAGCUCGUGAGGACGCAGAGCAGAAGGCUCGUACGGCAGAGGCAGAGCAAAAGGCUCGUGCUGAAGCAGAGAGGGCUCGUCUGCAGGAGGAGGCGAAGCAAGCGGCUCGUGAGGACGCCGUGCGAAAGGCUUGGGAAGAAGGCGAGCGGUUGGCUCGCAUGGCAGAGCAGAAGAAGGCUCAGGAGGAGGCGGAAAAGCAGGCUCGCGAGCUUGCAGAGCAGCAGGCUCGUGAGGCUCGCGAGAAAGCAGAGCAAGCGGCUCGAGAGGAAGCACAACGGGUGGCUCUGGAGGCAGAGGCUCUGGCUCGCGAGAAGGCAAAGCAGCAGACUCUGGAGGCAGAGCUACUGGCUGCUCGUGAGGAACUCGAGAGGAAGGUUCGUGACUUGGAGGAGCAGAAAGCUCGUGCAGACGCAGAGCAGAAGGCACGUGUGCAAGCAGAGCAGGCUCGCACAGAGGCAGAGCAGAAGGCACGGGUGCAAGCAGAGCAAGCUCGUGUUGAGGCAGAGCAGAAGGCACGGGUGCAAGCAGAGCAAGAACGGAAGGCCAGCCAGCACUUGGUCGACCGUGCUGCUCGCGAGGAGGCUUCGUUCCAAGCACAGGUUUCGGAAAAGAAGCUGCACACGUCCGUGGAGUUGGAUCUGCUUCGCAAGCGGAACGAGGCCGAACGGAAGCUUAUGGAUGAGAAAGGUGAGACCUUGAGGUUGCUGGAAGAGCGAAAAAUGAAGAUCCAGCAGCUGAAGCUGGAGCUGGCUGGAGAAGCCUCGGCUUCCUCAGGCAUCGGCGGGCCGCCGAGACCUUCGGCUUUGAAGCGGUCGAGUGCCUUCGUGGAAGACGAGCCCACACGACGUGUGAGCUUGAAGCUGGAGGAGGCCACGCCUGCCAAGCCGGCGACAGGUACAGAGUCACACAAGUCGGCUUCGCCGACCCCGAGUCGUGCACCCUCCGACGCCUCGUCCCAGAAGUCCGUUGGCAUGCCGCUUAGCAUGGCCAAGCAGACGACGACCCAUUUGUCCGACUACCUGACCCCCGAGGGUGUGUUAGCUUUCUACCACAACAACGGCCAGAAAGCCAAGGAUGCAAUUGCUCAGGAUGGAAACAAGAUCCCAAUCUCCGAGGGCAUGAGGAAAGAGGAGCUGAGGGCAAAGGUGGUUCCUUUGGCCUUCGACAAACGACCGGAGGCGAAGGCCCUGAUGGGCAGGCUGCGACACGACCCUCCGCCUGUGGCCGACGGUGCCGCAGAGGGCAACUCAGGGGCCCCGGGAGCAACACCGGUGGAGACCAACCCUGCACCAACAGGCCCUGCCGAUGCGACUCCCAAAGUCAAGGCGAAGGCCAAGACCGCAAACAAGCGGAAGGGCGGAGGCGGCAACGAGAACCCCAAAGCGGUCUUCGAUGUCAGGAAGGCCAAGGCAUCCUCUUUGUUCACGACACCUUUUCCUUUGGUGGACCGCUCGGCCACCAAAGAGCUUUUGAGCACAAUCAUGAUGCACAAAGCAGCAAUGGCCGGCAGUAUGGCGAAGAUACAGUUGGUGCUCCAGGGGCACUCCGCGAGUGGCAAAGCCAUGGAAGACCUGCUGGCUGCCAAAACUGUCAUGGACGGCAAGUGGCAAGCGACCUGA